AAGAUGGCCAUUUAAAGGAACCGUUUUUUUUCCCCCUGGUCAUUCUGUUCUCGUUCCAUCUUUGGAUUCGUCCUUUCUCCAAUCUUCCAGAUUUUUAUGUUUCUGCCCGAUUAUAAGGUUCCCCGGACAGCCACUGUUUUUCGCUUGGAUGGUUGGGUAUAUUUUUUCUUGAUUUUCUUGUUGCAAUUUAGAGGAGAGGCCUUUCAGAGAGUGGCUUGGAUUUCUAUUUAUUUUUUGGUAUCAUACGGUGCGAAGCGAUUCAUACUCUCCUGAAUAUGGGCUUUCCUGUUUCGUCUUGUGUAGAUAAAUAUUGUGGUGCUUGGAUUUUAUAUGUUAUUUGGUGAAUUAAUACUGUUCGUUUUCAGUUAUUGGAAUUGUAAAUGGUUGAAUAAAAUCAUCGUGCAUUGCUUUCUGGCAAGAACACACUAAUUAGUGAUCUGUCUGUUUUGAAUUGGUUUCACAUGUCUUAUGCUUAUCGAUGUUAUACUGAUGAUGAUGCUCUGGUGGAGUUGCAUCCAUACAAACAAUGCAAAUGUGGAGUUUGUUAGUAUAUAUGCCAUUUAGUUUUCGAAUUCAACAUACACUUUGAUUAUGCUAGUUGAGGUCAACAAAUGUUUUGCAUCAUAGCUGAAGUUUAUUUCCAUUAAUGCUUGUAUGAUGGAGUAUUGGGAGAAUUUUCUUUGAGAUGCCUAUCUUUCCAUAAGUGGGGAGAAUCAUGGCUGUGAUCAUCUAUUUCCGUUUGUGGUAAAAGAUUUUAUUGGUCAGUCUGUUCUGGAUGGAUUUAGUCUUCGAGCUUAUUUGACAUAGACUUUUCAGAAAAUGGUGAUAUUUUUUGAAUAGUUCAGUUAAGUAUAUGUGUUGGAAUGCCACAGAUUGGUAAGUCGGUAUUUGUUAUCCCUUCCUUCUUUCAUUUUAUAGUUUCUGCAGGUGAUUUUGCGUAUGUGGUAUAUGGUGGUAGUUUUUGUUCAGUGAUUGAUAAUUGUGAAGCUGAAUUUCUUCUUCAUUGCAAAAGAUUUCGAUGUUAUAGUUUGAGGCUUCUAUGGAUUAAAUAUCUGCAGCGUUUAAAAUAUCUGAUAACUCGUUUCUUCACGUGACCAUAUGUUGGUGCCCUGUGUCUACUGGAGGAUCCCAUAGUAGGAUUGGAAACUUGGAAUAUUGAUUCAUUGUGACAGAAAAUCAUUCCAAGUUCUAUGAAAUUAUGAGCGUACAAGCUUGCAUCUGUGUGGCCAACUUUAUCUCCCUCAUAUUAUAAUGCAUUUCUCACUGUUUCAAGGGAGCAGGUUGAUAGUGCUAGAGGGUUUUGCUCAUGGAGGUUAAUGGCUUGCGGCAAAUACAUAGAGCAGAACAUGCUGUUCGGGGGUAUAAUGAUGCAAAGUUAGUGAAUGGUGUUGGUGAAUUUGACCCUUGGACAGCAUGGGCAUACAAGCCUCGCACAAUUUCCUUGCUGCUUCUUGGUGCAUGUCUUUUAAUUUGGGCAAGUGGAGCACUUGAUCCUGAAAGGACUGCAUCUCAUGACAUUGUCACAUCUGUGAAGAGGGGUGUCUGGGCAAUGAUUGCAGUCUUUCUUGCAUAUUGCUUGCUUCAAGCACCUUCAACGGUGCUUAUUAGGCCACAUCCUGCUGUUUGGCGCCUGGUUCAUGGAAUGGCUGUUGUUUAUCUUGUUUCCCUUACCUUUCUGCUCUUCCAGAACCGUGAUGAUGCUCGACAGUUCAUGAAGUACCUUCACCCUGAUCUUGGAGUUGAACUACCUGAAAGAUCUUAUGGAUCUGAUUGCCGUAUUUAUGUACCAGAGAAUCCUAAAAGCAGGUUUAACAAUGUUUAUGAAACACUGUUUGAUGAGUUCGUUCUUGCUCAUAUUUUUGGCUGGUGGGGCAAAGCUAUAAUGAUAAGGAAUCAACCACUAUUAUGGGUCCUUUCAGUUGGGUUUGAAUUAAUGGAGCUCACUUUUCGCCAUAUGCUGCCAAACUUUAAUGAAUGUUGGUGGGAUAGUGUUAUUUUGGAUAUUUUGAUCUGCAAUUGGUUUGGUAUCUGGGCUGGAAUGCAUACUGUUAGGUACUUCGAUGGUAAAACAUAUGAGUGGGUUGGUCUAAGCCGCCAGCCAAAUAUCAUUGGUAAGGUGAAAAGAACAUUGGGCCAAUUCACACCUGCAUGGUGGGACAAAGAUGAGUGGCACCCGAUGCUUGGGCCAUGGAGGUUCAUCCAAGUUCUCAGUCUUUGCGUUGCUUUUAUGACAGUGGAGCUUAACACCUUUUUUCUCAAGUUCUGUCUUUGGAUUCCUCCUCAAAAUCCCGUGGUUGUGUAUAGGCUGAUUCUAUGGUGGCUAGUAGCAAUACCAACCAUCCGUGAGUACAAUUCCUAUUUGCAAGACAGAAAACCUGUGAAAAAGGUUGGGGUAUUCUGUUGGCUUUCUCUAGCCAUAUGCAUAGUGGAGCUCCUUAUCUGUAUAAAGUUUGGGCAUGGUCUGUUUCCCGAUCCGAUGCCUCCAUGGUUGAUAAUUUUCUGGGGAUCAAUUGGAAUGGCACUUGUGAUUUUCCUGCUAGUUUGGUCUUGGAGAAUUCAUCAAACUACACUGAGAAAGAGGCAAUGAUUUCCAUUGCUUUAAUUUUCUAUUUAUUCUUUUCUCCCACUUUUGUUUGCUGGAUGCAUACCUUGUAUAUAUGCAUCAUCAAGUUCUAUAGAUGCUUAGGCUCUGCUUAGACUGAAAAUUAAUGUGGCAUGUGUAGUAUCUUGAUAUUUACAUAUUUUACCCUGCAAGAAAUAUCAUUCAAGCCAGAAGUUUGUUUGCUUUUCAUUUAUUUCUUCUAUUGUAUAAAAUUUGAAUACUUGGCUGUAUACUGAUCAUCUAAUAAAACUAUGAGCUUUUGUCAA